CUGACACCAGACGCCUCCUUCCAGACACGACGGGGAGGGAGAGAGAUGCGCGACAGCCUCAAGCCACCGAGUCGGGCCGAGGUCGCCCGAUACCCAUUUGUUGGGAAAGAUGUGUUCGAUGCUUAUACAAACAAGUUGAAAAAUCAGAAGACGGAAGACUGAUUUAUACUGGGAAUUUGGCCCGAACAGUAUUUGUUUUGGAGGCUGAAAGUCUGAAGUCAAGGUGUUGCCAGGACAUGCUCUCUCUGAAGGCUCUGGGGAAGAAUCCUUCCUUGCCUCUUCCAGCUUCUGGUGUGAAAUGUUUCUCUUAUUCUACAAGUGUGAUCAGCCUUACAUUUCUACCAUACAUUUUUGCCCAAAAUAAUGUUGUAUUUGGAAGUCUGCCUUUGCAAAUCUUAUUUUAUGGCAUCAUAGGAAGCUUUACAGUGAUCACUCCAGUCCUGCUUCACUUAGUUACAAAAGGCUAUGUCAUUCGGUUGUACCAUGAGGCCACGACAGAUACUUACAAAGCCAUUACUUACAAUGUUUUGCUUUCAGAAACCAGUACUGUGUUUCAACAGAAUGACGUGAAGAUUCCAAACAGCGCACAUCUGUUUACCACAUUUUAUGCUAAAACAAAAUCACUGUUAGUUAAUCCAGGUCUCUUUCCAAACCCUAAAGACUACGACCAUCUAAUGGGUUAUGACAAACCAUUCACUUUUGAUAUGGAAGAAACCAGUGAAAAGAAACAGCUUGAAGAUGAGAAAUGAGUCUGUUGUUUUUAUGUUUGUGCUUAAAUGUGAUUUAUUUUCCCGUGUAUAAUAAUAAAAUUGCCUUUACUUUUGUUUUCUAUUAGUGACUGUUAAAAAAUUGAAACUGUAACAAACAACUUUUGAUU